UGACAACGCCAUUUGAGUUGGCGCCAAGCGAUCUUUUGGGUCCUGCCGAGUUUACAACUCGAAAGACUCAGUCGGCGUGCGUCGUGUGUUUGUUCCCGUUUGGCUUUCUAUCGGGUGACAUCAACUGCCUCCUCUGCGGUGCCCUAGCUUGCGAACGGUGCAUGCAGCCCAUAGCGGUCGCUGGCCAAGGCGACUCGGUCCCUGUUUGUAAUACGUGUUUUCACUACCACGAAAAGCUCUUUGGCAAGUUCAUUGAGGGGUCAAAGCCGGAUCGUGUCGGGCGGAAGUGGCCCACCAACAAAUAUUUUGCACGGCCAGAGGAUCUUGUGCGCCGAGACAAGAACGCGCCCCGAGACAAGUGUACCCUAUGUGCCCGAUCGUUUUCGGUCUUUCGCCACCGCCACACGUGUGCGACGUGUGGGCUCGUGCAUUGCUCGCAAUGCACCGUGUCGGGGCUUGCCUUGUACCCCGGCGCCGCAACGUCCGUGGCCAUUCCGAUCUGCGAUACGUGCUCGUGCAUUUCGAUCAUUGAGAAGAGCUAUGCGAACUGCAAGACGCUUCGCGCCGAGCUGCACACGCUCGUGGCUGCCCCCGAUUUUCCUGCCAACACGUUGGGCCUCGACCGCGACGGCGCGUUGUUCCGGGCUCUGAGCAUGGCAACGAAUGGAACGCUCGCCGAGCACACGUUUGCUGCACCGGACAAAAUUGUGCCACUUCGAAAGCGAUCGGCGUGCAGUCAUUGCGGCAGCCGCGUCUCGUACUACAUGCGCAACCACAACUGUGUGUCGUGCGGCGAGGUCUUUUGCUUUCUGUGCGUGCUGACCAAGGUCGCGGGGACCACGACGCCGCUUGGCCCCUUGCACGCCGUGCCACAGUGCUUUACGUGUCACGCAGGGCAAUGCUUUGGCGAGAACCCAUGGUUACCACGAAUCCAAUAA